CUCAGUUAACGUAAUUUAAAACUCUACUACAACAUGUCUGGACGCGGUAAAGGAGGCAAAGUCAAGGGAAAGGCAAAGUCCCGUUCAUCUCGUGCUGGUCUCCAGUUCCCGGUAGGCCGUAUCCACCGUCUACUGCGAAAGGGAAAUUAUGCCGAACGCGUCGGUGCUGGUGCUCCCGUAUAUCUGGCAGCCGUGAUGGAAUAUUUGGCUGCUGAAGUGUUGGAAUUGGCAGGAAAUGCUGCCCGUGACAACAAGAAGACCCGAAUCAUUCCCCGUCAUCUGCAAUUGGCCAUCCGUAACGACGAAGAGUUGAACAAACUUCUGUCCGGUGUCACCAUUGCCCAGGGAGGUGUCCUGCCAAACAUUCAAGCCGUUCUGCUGCCCAAGAAGACCGAGAAGAAGGCUUAAACAAUCAUCCUAUUCCAACAAUCGAAAACCGUCCUUUUAAGGACGAACAAAUUUGUGUACGAUGAGUUAGAAACAAUUUUUUUACAUCAGUUAGUUUUUCACUAAUUUUAACCUUCGUACAUGGAACAUAGUUUGUUACUGAGAGCUAUUCAAAUUGCUUCUUGUUAGCUACAAACUAAACGAGGUCUGAUUUAUAAUUUUAUGCUGGCAUGCUUUGUAAUGUUUGGCAUAAAACUGAAAAAACCAAAUUGAAAUAUCAUCACUGAGCGACUCUUAAAUAACAUCUUUAGAAAUCAAAUGCCUGAAAAAUGAG